CACGGAGCCAGGUGUAAGUCGGGAUCGCUAACAGACCGUAUCAGCCCAGACCUGUUUCCUUGAGGCAGUAGCGCGAAUCUUUCAGCCAACAUGGGGAGGUUGGUUGUGAUCUCCCUGUUGGUUAUGGCUGUUUUCCCCGCUGUGAAGGGGCAGAGCGCUAUGACCGCCGUGGUUGCGGCUAACACACUGAAGGCGGCUCUACCAACUCCCAACAGGGCUAUCGACAUCAUCUUUGCUCUCGACCGCUCUGGGAGUGUUGGUUCAUAUAACUACAACAGAAUCAUCGAGUUUGUGAAGGCCGUUCUGAGCCACUUCAGUGUUUCACCGUCAACUACCCGUGUAGCCGUCGUGUCGUUUGGAACGGACGCUAGAGUCGAGUUCGACCUUCUUCGAUCGACAUCAAAUGACAACAACAAGUGUGAACUAUUUCGCAACUACAUACCAAGAAUCAAGUACACCGGUGGAUGGACCAACACAAAAGGGGCUCUGGACAUCGCGUUAACGUUACUGAAGAAAUCGGGGGUCCGUUCGUAUUCAACCAAGGUGGUGUUCACGAUUACAGACGGUUACUGGAAUAGGGGUGGGGAUCCUUCCUCAGUGGUGCGGACGUUGCAGAGCAGGGGUGUGAUCAUGUACGCCUUCGGGAUAGGUGCCUGGGGAAUCAACAGUAACAGACUGAGCGCUCUGGGAAACAAGGACAGUCGUGGUCACAAGUACGUCUACUUGUGUCUGGAUUUCAACAUUCUGUCACAAGUGGCCAAGAGGCUGAGAGGAGACCUUCACACCACUGAUUACUUGCCAUCCUCUCGAUAUCGAUGUUCACCCGUCUGUAACCAGGCGACGCGGUCCUGCCAUUGCGACGUGUACGGCGGAAACUACGCCUGUGUGUGCCAGAAGGGAUAUGACUGUGGAAAUAAAGCCGGUGAUAAAAAAUGCCCGCUGAAUACAUACAAAGACACCGUUGGGACUGGACCAUGUAUUCAGUGCCCGGCAAACUCCGUGACGUCAGGAACAGGCGCCACCAGCAAGACUGAGUGCAAGUGUAAAACCGGCUACCAGCAAGUUGGGUCCCCCAUCCAGAGUUGUAAACGAAUUGCAUGUUACAAACCAUCUUACGAUACCACCGCUGUGAGAGCUGCAUCAUGUGGAACAUGGACAAACUGGGGCGACAGAUGUAGCUUGGAUUGCCAGUCAGGUUACGAGUUUUCCAGCGGGAAGAAAGUGUUGACGUGUGUCGGCUCUGGUACAUGGAAUGGAACACCUUUGUCCUGCAAAAAGGUCACGUGUCCGAUCUUGACCGCACCACAAGAUGGGAGCAUCAUCGGCACCUGUGGCAGAAGAUUUGGCGACACCUGCAGGUUCCAAUGUGACUACAGCUUCAAACUGUCCGGAUCAGCCACAACUACCUGCACAGCGGCAAAGUCGUGGUCUUAUCCAACUCCAAGAUGCAGCAAGCUUUCGUGCCAGAACAGUGAGAUUGCAGACCCAUCACCUAACGGAGUUCGAGUCUGCCCUGGGUCCUACACUGAAGUCGGCCAUUCCUGCUCAGUGACCUGUAACACCGGCUAUCAGCCGAGAGGGACACAGGUCUCCACAUGCAGGGAAGUGAAUGGAGUCGCAGGAUGGCAAAGUCGCCCACAGGCUUGUCAAGUGGACAGGUGCUCCCCACUGACUGAUCCAUCUGUUGGGACAGUGUCACCAGUACUGUGUAAGACGUCACCGGCGUACAACACCCAGUGUACUUACAGCUGCAACAAACAGUACACUCUACAUGGACCAACAUCCAAGACAUGUGAACCCGGUGGCACCUGGUCCUCAACUGAUGUGAAUACUUGCAGAGACGAGAUGGAUCCGACGUUUUCAAAUUGUCCUGGUGACAUCACAGAAGUAGCCCCAUCCCAGAAGACGGAGGCAGAAGUUUCCUGGCUAGUCCCGACAGCCACGGACAACUCCGGAUCAACCCCAACGGUAGAUGUGGACAUGACAACCUCCCUAGGGCCGGUCAACUUUCUUCAACGGACUCCACCAAUCUGGUUUCCUGAGGGCCAAUACACAGUCACAUACACGGCAACUGAUCCGGCUGGAAAUACAGCAACAUGUGACUUCUCCAUACAUGUUCAAGUGACAAGGUGUAGUCCACUGGGAGCUCCUGCAAAUGGAAAAACCAUCCCUGAUCCUUGUGGUGUGAUCCGUGGCUCAACAUGCAGAUUUUCCUGCCAGGGUGGAUACAAUCGUGUGGGCGCUGAUGAGUCCGUCUGUCGACAUGAUGGUUCGUGGACCAACCCGGCUCCAACUUGUCAAGUUGUGCACUGUCCAUCAUUGUCUGCGCCUCCCAACACUGCCAUGUCGGGAUGCUACGGGACCAGCUCAAAACCAUACGGAACUGUUUGCUACUUCGACUGCAUCGCAGGAUACAAGACCAAAACAGGGUCGCGGUCACGUCAGUGCCUGUCUGAUGGCUCCUGGUCGGGAACUGAACUUGAAUGUGAAGUGGAAACGUGUUCUGGUCUUACAAUUCCACUCAACGGUGCCAUCAGCCCCUCGACAUGCAAUUCCAAGUCAGGUUAUGGUACAGUCUGCCAACUGAGCUGUGACGUGGGGUACCAGACAAGCGGGCCGACCGAGCAAACCUGCAACCCUGGUGGACUGUGGUCGGAUCAAGGCAAACCUACAACCUGUAUAGAUACUCAGCCUCCGACACUUGGCAGCUGUCCAUCAGACCAAACUGUGUAUGCAGGCCCGGGAGAAACUUCAACAACAGCCACAUGGCCCGUGCCUACUGCAACGGAUAAUUCAGGGGUCACUCCAACAGUGACUCUCGUUGAAGGAAACGCACCAGGAUCUACCUUUGCCGAAGGAACACAUUCUAUCAAGUAUACUGCUGUUGAUUCUGCAGGACGUAACAGUGAUUGUUCAUUCACGAUCACAGUGAAUGUGGCAUACUGUUCCACGCUGAAUGCUCCUUCCGGAGGUAGAAUAACGUGUAACCAAAACGACAGGCGAUACGGCACCACAUGCCAGUUCCAGUGCAACCCCGGCUUCCAACUGAUUGGAAACCACACGAGCUCCUGCCAGAAAGACUCCAGCAACGUUGGAUUCUGGACUAUGUCAGCUCCAACCUGCGACGUUGUUACCUGCCCCAGUCUGAACGCACCUGUUAAUGGCAUCAAGUCCGGAUGCAACAACGCACAGGAAGACUACAACACUGUCUGCACAUUCUACUGUAACAAGGGAUACAGUCCAAAGACUGGCAUUCAGCGUACCUGCCAGCAGAAUGGCGCAUGGUCUGGGACAGCCCUAACCUGCACGGUUGACACGUGUCCAUCCUUGAGUCCAAUACAACACGGAGACGUACGCCCAGGAGCGUGCACGUCAAACCCAGUAUACAAUGACGUCUGCACGUAUUCUUGUGAAGCCGGGUAUACCUUGGUAGGCUUACAACUCAACAAGUGCCUAGAUGGUGGCAGAUGGCAGAAUAACGAUUCUGUGUCCUGUCGAGAUGACACACCACCGGUGUUCCAUGGAUGUCCCAAUGAUAUGUAUGUAACAGCUGAUGGAGGAGAAGGAAGUGUCAACGUCACGUGGUCCCCACCAAGUGUGACAGAUUCAACUGGUAUCGCUCCUACUGUUACAUCAACUGGCGUGAAAAGCAUAUUUGGUGAGGGAUCACAUCAUGUGACGUACAGGGCCGAGGAUGCUGCUGGGAACGUAGCAAAGUGCCAGUUUACUGUCGUCGUCACAGUACACCGCUGUAGCAGUCUUGCACCACCAGCGUUUGGACAGUUCGUUAGCACGUGCAGCAAUCUACGAGGAAGCAGCUGCAACAUGGACUGCCACAUAGGCUAUCGCCUUACCGGCUCUGCUACUAGAACCUGCGUGGUGACAAACAACGGGACAACGAAGUACUGGGAUGGAGUGGAGACCAAAUGCGAAAUUUAUAGAUGCAGCCGCCUGUCCAGGCCCUCCCAUGGCACCAUCACCCCGACAGGUUGCACCGUUCAGCCUGUAGCUGGCACACGGUGCACCUUCCACUGUCUGUCUGGUUUCGAACUGCAAAGCGGCAUUAACACUACAGAAUGCAAUGCAACAGGCCACUGGUCACCCACUAUCUCGUCUACACCUUCAUGCAGAGACAUUCAGCCACCUGUCUUCACCAGCUGCCCAAAUGACGUGCACCUGGAACCAGCUGCAGGGUCUGGUACAGUGCUUGUGAACUGGGACAAACCAACAGCCACAGAUAACACCGCAGUAUCCAUCACGGUAUCACCAAACGGUACAGAGCCACCCUCGGUCUUCUCUGUUGGGACACAUGUUGUCACCUACACUGCAACAGAUUCAGUCGGGCUGACAACAACAUGCACUUUCAGUGUCAUCAUCAGAGACAAUGAGAACCCAAACAUCACGUGUCCAAGUGAUAUUGAAGAACAAACCAGUAGUCCACCCGUUUCCGUCAGUUGGGCCGUUCCAGUAGCGACCGACAACUCAGGCGCAGCACCAACUGUAACUUCCUUAAGUAAAAACCCUGGCGACAACUUUGGGUAUGGACCGGAAUAUAUCACAUACGAAGCUACCGACGGAUCGGGAAACCGUGCAACAUGUACCUUCAGGGUAAUGGUAAAAUCAACUGACUGCCCAAGUCUCAAUGCACCAGCCUAUGGCGCCCUUGUGUGCGGUUUUUGGUUCUUUGGCACGUUUUGCGAUCCAACCUGUGAGGAAAACAGUGACUUUCCUGUGGGGUACACACCGACUACCUACAUCUGUAAUCCAGAAGGGAUAUGGGCCACAGGUUUAGGGGCAAAUUCUCCAGCGGCGAGAGUACCGAUACCAGACUGCAGUGUAUCAUCAUCACCUAAUGCAAACAAACAAGGCACCGUCAGCUUCUACUACAGUGGCAACUGCAGCGACCCUGCUGUACAACAGCAAAUCAAGGAGAACUUCAUUCAAGCGUUCCUGAUCAAUUUUAACGGGGUUUGUCGGUUUGCUAACAUAAGAGACCCUACAAGUGGAGGUUGCAGCAUCGACAAUGUGUUCGUGACGUGUGGAACACGAUCCAGACGCUCCCUCUCUCUGUCACGGUUCGUCCGACAGACAGUUGAUGAUCAAGUAGGUAUUGACUUUACACUCACUGUUGCUCCGGGAAACUCAACCGUCAACGAGACAGCUUCUGAUACAGUGGGAUCUACAUUGGCCACGAUGGAGAAUGUCUUCGGAAGCCUGAAGAAUGCAACUGAUUCAGGGGCACUGCAGCUUGAAGUGGGCGGGGAAACGUUGGGAGUUGUUCCCGAUUCGUUGGAGGAAGGCGAAGUCGUGCUGCAGUGCCCAACAGGGACGGCAUGGAACAAUGACACUCAGAAAUGCGUCGGCUGCCCAGCGGGAUUUUACUACGAUGAAGGCAACAGCACAUGUGUGGACUGCCCUCUUGGAUCAUACCAAGACCAACACAACCAGCUGUCCUGCAAGAUGUGUCCAAACGGGACAUGGACAGAAGAUAUAGGAAGCAGAAAUGACACUUACUGUAAAGACGUGUGCCCGGCAGGGUGGUACUCUUCUACAGGAGUCCAGCCCUGUACAGAGUGCUCUCUUGGAACGUACCAGCCAGACACUGGCAGCACAUCCUGUACCUCCUGCCCAUCGUCACAAACUACAAACGCUACAGCUGCCACGUCUGCUGCCUUUUGCUUCGAUCGGUGUCAAACUGGAUAUUUCUCCGCGAAUGGCCUGGCUCCAUGUACACCGUGUCCACAAGGGGAAUACCAGUCUGCUGAGCAGAGCACAUCCUGUCUUCAGUGUCCGCUUGGGUACACCACAGCGUCAGUAGCCUCGGGAAGCAGUGCUGACUGUUUCAACAUUGAUGACUGUGCGUCAUUUCCAUGCACCAACAACGGUACCUGCUCGGACAGAAUCAACGCAUACCUGUGUCAGUGUCUGGGCGGAUUUUCAGGAGACAACUGUGAGAUAGAUGUUGACGAGUGCUUGUCGAGUCCAUGUGUAAAUGGAACCUGUGCAGACGAGACAGACGGUUACACCUGCGUCUGCCACCCGGGGUUCACGGGAGAGGACUGUUCAACAAACAUCGAUGACUGUGAAGUGAACCCCUGUUCUAACGGGGCAGAAUGCGUCGAUGGAGUUAAUUCUUUCAGUUGUGACUGUCUAAGUGGCUACAACGGCGCGCAGUGCGAGGUGGAAAUCAACGAGUGUGCGUCCGGUCCGUGUGAAAACAACUCAACCUGCAAUGACUUGUUGGACAGCUAUGAUUGCGUCUGCAACCCUGGAUUUACAGGAACGCAUUGUGAACAGAACAUCGAUGAUUGUGACGUUUUCCCCUGUGCGAAUGGUGGGGUAUGCGUAGACGGUAUCAACUCCUACACAUGCCUAUGUGUAGAAGGCUACGCGGGCAACAGUUGCGAAAUCAAUGUGGAUGACUGUGCAUCUACACCAUGUGUUAACAAUGGCACAUGUGUAGAUGCUGUGGCAGGUUACACAUGUGAAUGUGUAUCGGGAUAUUCAGGUAUAAACUGCACACAAAAUGCCGACGAGUGCUCGUCAAACCCCUGUCAGAACGACGCGACUUGCGAGGACCUGUUUGAUUCGUACACAUGCACCUGCAACCAAGGCUACACAGGAGUCAACUGUGAGGCAGAGAUUGACCACUGUGCAACCUCACCUUGCUCCAAUGGUGCAACCUGCAUAGACAAAGACUUGGACUUUGAGUGCCUGUGUAACCCAGGAUACGAGGGGUUGAACUGCGAAACAGAAAUCAAUGAGUGCACUUCCAACCCGUGUGUGAACAAUGGCACUUGCUACGACCAAGUCAAUGGCUAUAUCUGCAGUUGCUUGGACGAGUUCACAGGACCAAAUUGUGAGUCCAGCUUCAGCCCAUGCGAGUCUGCUCCUUGUCACAACGGAGGAACCUGCACCGACAUGUACCCGGACUAUGGGUGUGACUGCCCGACUGGCUAUGGAGGUUCUACCUGUAGUAUCAACCUACCGGAAUGUGCGUCCGGCCCUUGUAACAAUGGAGGCACAUGUGUCGACGGAAUAGGCAACUUCUCUUGCAGCUGCCCACCAGGUUUUGAAGGUGACCAUUGCGAGGAUCAGAUCAACGAGUGUGACAGGUCUGGCUGUGAAAAUGGGGGGACUUGUAGCGACACGUACGGAAGUUUCGACUGCGACUGCCCGCUGGGGUACAACGGAACACGCUGUGAAGUUAACAUCGAUGAGUGUGUCAUGCACAGUUGUACUAACGGUUCUGCAUGUGUGGAUGGAAUCGCAUCAUACACGUGCGACUGCUUGUCAGGCUAUACUGGGCCAACGUGUUCUGAGGAUGUAGAUGAGUGUUCGUCUGACCCAUGUCUGAACGCCGUGAUCUGCAACAACCUCGUCGAUGACUACAUGUGCGAGUGCCAAGAUGGCUACAUCGGGAAGAACUGCGAGAUCAACAUUGACGACUGUGAGAACGUCACCUGCCUGAAUGGUGGAGGAUGUGUGGAUGGAGUAGGCGGGUUCAUCUGCAACUGUCCUGAUGGCUUCAGUGGUAGUCAUUGUGAGAUCGACGUGGAUGAGUGUGCUUCAGGUCCUUGCCAGUCUUCUGGAACCUGUGUGGACGGAGUUAACAGCUACAGUUGUCAGUGCCAGACUGGAUACACUGGAACCAGUUGUGAGCUGGACAUUGAUGAAUGUAUUACUUCACCGUGUAAGAAUGCAGCUCCAUGUAGCAACUCACAUGGAGAUUACAGCUGUGCUUGCCUCUCUGGAUACGAGGAAAAGAACUGUGACGUGAGUAUUGACGACUGCCAGGGACAUGCCUGCCAGAACAACGGUACCUGUGUCGACCUACUCAUGGACUACACGUGCCAAUGUGCGGCAGGGUUUACAGGUGCCCUUUGUGACGUCAACGUUGAUGACUGCGACUUUAACUCCUGUCAAAAUGGAGGAACAUGUGUGGACGGCAUCAACAGCGUCACUUGUCAAUGUUCCCGCGGAUACCAUGGUGAUUUCUGUGAGACAGAGACCGAUGAUUGCGCUGCUCUUCCCUGCCAAAACGGCGGCAGCUGUACAGACAUCGGCAGUGACUAUCAGUGUGACUGUCUGGAGGGCUUCAAUGGGAAGGACUGUGAAACAAACAUUGACGAUUGCAUUGGACACAUGUGUCAGAACGAAGCUGUUUGUGAAGAUGGAAUUGGAAACUACACCUGUGCGUGCAAACCGUCGUUUACAGGCAGAUAUUGCGAUACAGAACUGUCUUCAGAUUUCGACCUGGUCUUUGAUGGUAGUGUGGAUGGGUACAGUUCAGCCAGCCGCAACAUCCCUGACAUGACUGCUUUCACGGUGUCCUUUUGGAUGCAGACCACUGACCGUAAUAACUACGGCACACCUUUCUCAUAUGCCCUGAGUGAAGAAGUCGGGAGUGACAACACGUUGACGAUAUCUGACUACACCGCCUUCACGGUCUAUGUACAUGGAGAGGCAGCCUACAGCACCCAUGGCAUCCAAGACGACAACUGGCAUCACAUUGCCGUAACUUGGACGAACACUUCAGGACAGUGGAAGCUUUUUGACGAUGGAGUCCGUGUGGAUGGGGGAGAUGGACUUGGCGUUGGUCAUACCAUAUUAGGUGGCGGUCUUGCCGUCCUUGGUCAAGAGCAGGACUACCUUGGCGGCGGUUUUACCACGGAUGAGGCCUUCAUCGGUUCCCUACAUGGGAUCAACUGGUGGAGCAGAGCGCUGUCUGACGGUGAAAUCUCGGACCUGGCUACGAGCUGUAACCACUCCCUGCGUGGCGAUGUCCUAACAUGGGCAGAUUUUCAACUGAACGUGGAAGGAAACACCAACAUGACGACGCAUUCAGUGUGCGACGAUACGAAAGAAUGCCUGUCUUCGCCAUGUGAGAACAACGCUACAUGCACGGACUAUCUCGGUGGAUACAGAUGCGCCUGUCUUCCCGGGUUCACCGGCGUCCAUUGUGGAGACAACAUAGACGACUGCCUCGGGACGACAUGUGAGAACGGCGGAACGUGUGUUGAUCUGGUGAAUGACUUCCAUUGCUCCUGUCCAUCUGCUUAUCAUGGCAAGAACUGUGAGCUGGACGUGACCACCUGCAGCCCGAACCCAUGUCAACACGGAGGAAACUGUACUGACUCGGGAGGCGGCACGUAUUCGUGUUCGUGCAGCCCUGGGUACACUGGACCUGACUGUGAAGAGGACGUUGAUGAGUGCUCUUCAGGUCCUUGUACCAACGGCGGCACCUGUGUCGACAUGGUCAACGACUACUACUGUGACUGUCCUGACGGCUUCUUCGGACAGAACUGCGAUGGAGAAGUGGACUACUGCGACCCGAACCUCUGUCAACAUGGCGGGACCUGCCAACCAAUCACCAACGAUUACAACUGCACCUGCCCUGCAGGCUACAUGGGGUACAACUGCGAGAUCGACAUUGACGAGUGUGAAGGAGUAACGUGCUUGAACAAUGGCACGUGCGUUGACGGAAUAGCAGCUUACACCUGCAACUGUCUGGCGGGUUUCACUGAUUCGCUCUGCGGCACGAACAUCGAUGAUUGCCGAGGCAGCCCGUGUGAAAAUGGUGGUACCUGCGUCGAUGGUGUUGCUUCCUACACGUGCGAUUGCCCCGCCAUGUUCACAGGUGACAGAUGUGAGUUGGUGAUUCUCCCAAACCUCCCUCAAACAACAGAGCCGUACGUCUCCAUGAGGCAGACACCAACGCCAGCAGCCGAGUCGACAACAAACACCGGCGGCAUGCCGGCACAGGAGUCUCUCACAGCCCCAAUCAUUGCAGGGUCCGCUGUGGGUGCCAUAGUUGUCCUGGCUGUGGCCGCCUUGAGCUGGUACUUCUGCAAAUCCUCUCGUCAACCGGCACAUGUUAAAGGUCUGAAGUACGUGCGGCCUAGAAGUCCUAAAGUUGGCGUUGUGGAUGACUCGAUUAUUCUCUCCGAACUCCCUGCGAUGAACCGUGCCGUUGGCCCUGUGCAUGUUCUGGAGAACCCAUACGUCAUCGAAGAUACGUAAUAACCACUUUUUAAGAGUGGUUAUUACAGCCUUAACACUAGCUUUCUUGAUACGGAUUUUUUUAACGGAGUGGUUCAAUGCAAGCACUAUACAACCACUUCUCGGCGUUGAACUAGAAAGAUGAGAGAAACAAGGCUAUGUCAAGAGAUGGCGGUGAACGUUUAAUUUGAAAGCUUGUAGACUGUAGAUUUGUUACAUAUCAGUUUAAGUACUGGUAGGAAAAGUCUAGUUGGUGAGAAUUGGGACGAUUAAGGGAUCAUUCCUCUGUACAUUGUACCAACAAUAACCGAAGCGGAAUCAAUAUAGGUUGUGUAAUUUUAGCUUGAAAGG